AUGUCUUCACUACGCUUGACAAAUUGGCUCACACGGUCUCUAUUGAGAUAUAGUAAAGUUCAACAAAUCUCAAGGAUCCAAAAAAGAUUCUACGCCGUAGUUGAUGACCCACGAGUAACGAAAGGGCUUAUUCUUGGUGUAUAUCAAAAGGAAGGCGAAAAGGAUCCCAAGUUAACGCCUAGUGGCGAUAAAUUUGAUGACCGUGUACAAGGCAAGGUCUCCGAGCUCAUCAAAGAAUGCAACAUCACUGGUACUCUAGGUAAAGGAAAAGUUUUUAAUAACAUCGACCAAGAGUAUAGAUCGGUAGCUGUCAUUGGAGUGGGCCGUGAAGGCGCUGGAUUCAAUGAACUGGAAAUGAUCGAUGACGGCAUGGAAAAUGUCAGAAUAGCGACAGGUGUUGGAGCUCGUAGCCUACAAUUGCAAGGCUGUUCAGAGGUGUUCGUAGAUUCCAUGGAGUAUCCAGAGCAAGCUGCCGAGGGCAGCGCUUUGGCUGUAUGGCGUUACAAUGAUAAUAAGCAAAAGAAAAAUCGAACCAACGUCCCGAAACUGGAGCUCUACGAUUCACCGGAAGUAGAUGCCUGGACACGAGGCCUCUUCAAAGCUGAGGCUCAAAAUCUUGCACGUCGUUUAAGCGAUGCGCCCGCGAACCAAAUGACCCCCACUACGUUCGCGCAAGCAACGGUUGACGCUUUAUGCCCCUGUGGUGUAACUGUGGAAAUACGCACAAUGGAUUGGAUUGAGCAGCAGCAUUUGAACUCGUUUUUAACGAUAGCCAAAGGUUCGUGCGAACCACCCGUCCUGCUUGAGAUUAGCUAUUGUGGUACUGCACCAGAAGACAAACCUAUUUUGCUUUUGGGUAAAGGGAUGACAUUCAAUAGUGGUGGCAUUUGUUUACGCCCUGCUGAUGGAAUGGAAGAAUAUCGCGGCGCCAUGGCGGGUGCUGCUGUUGUAGUAGCAGCUAUACGCGCAUCUGCUGCGUUGUCCUUACCUGUUAACAUAUCGGCAGUUAUUCCGUUGUGUGAAAACAUGCCGUCAGGCAUGGCUGUGAAACCGGGAGAUAUUGUCACUUUAAUUAACGGUAGAACCUUGGCGAUUAGAAACACUGACAAAGCCGGAGUUGUAGUUAUGGCCGAUCCGCUAUUGUACGCGCAAAAUACCUAUAAGCCGCGCUUGGUAGUGGACGUCGCCACGUUGGGUAAUGGUGUUGUUAAAGGUUUAGGAGGUGGAGCUACAGGAAUUUUCUCAAAUUCUCAUUACAUAUGGAAGCAAUUCCAAAAAGCAGGUUCUUUAACUGGAGAUCGCAUGUGGCGUUUGCCUUUAUGGCGUUAUUAUAGACAACUUGUGGCAGACAACGUCAGCUUUGACAUCAGCAAUGAUGGAGUCGGUCCCGCUUCAAGUUGUUUAGCUGCCGCAGUGCUUCAUGCAAGUUUUAUAGCUUGUUUUCUCCAUUGCCCGUAUUAAUUUUUCUUUACUUGAUAUGAUCCCAUAGGAAUUUGUGCCAUGUGUCGAUUGGGCACAUUUGGAUAUUCGCGGCGUUGGUAUGCUAACCAGAUAUGGAACUGUGCCAUAUUUAUUAAAGAAUCGCAUGACAGGCCGUCCAACAAGAACUCUAAUUCAAUUCUUAUAUCAGAUGGCCUGUCCAGAUGCAGCGCAAAACAAAUAAGAUUAAAUUGCCGAUGCCC